CAGGUUUGAGUAUGAAGACUUCCCGGAAACCAAAGAGCCUGUUUGGAUCCUGGGGAGAAAAUAUAGUGUAUUAACAGAGAAAGAGGAGAUCCUGUUAGACGUGACCUCUCGUCUUUGGUUCACAUACAGAAAAAGCUUUCCAGCCAUUGGUAAGUAGGAGAGUUCAUUCACUAUGUUACACCAUAAAUGAAGCUGGUUUAUUUCUUAGUACCCAAUUGCCCUUUAGCCCAAUGAUGACAGCAGGGAUCAUGUGUUGAGUUGUGCAAAAUCUGAAAGCCAUGUUCUGCUCAUUGGAGGGUGGCGCAGAAUCAUGUUGUUCUGCUAGGUUCCGGAAAGCAACUUUGCUUAUUCCUCUGUUCUGAUGCGACAUUUGAUUCUAUUUCUGGUAUUCAUAGAAAAAGGAAACGGGCUCCCACCUUGAAAACAGGAAACACCAAAAAAACACAUAAGUUGAAGAAUACAAAGGAAACUUGUUUUGGUGGGCGGGUGUAUGGUGCUUAGAAGCCUAUUCCCAGAAUAAUUUACUUGUUGCAUAUCUGUAUAUCCAUACCCUGGGAUCACUUGUUGGGUGAAAGGUGGAUUAGAGAUGAAAAGAAAUAUGAAAUAGAUCAAUACUGGACUGGCAAAAGAGGAAAAUAGCUUAUAUUAGUUAAGACAAUUUGACAAUAUGUUACUUUCAAUAACAUUGCUAUUGGAUUAAAAAAAUGCUCUGGAAGCCAAAGUUGAUAGUUCUAAAGCAGGCAUCCCAAACUGCGGCCCUCCAGAUGUUUUGGCCUACAACUCCCAUGAUCCUUAGCUAACAGGACCAGUGGUCGGGUAAGAUGGGAAUUGUAGUCCAAAACAUCUGGAGGGCCGAAGUUUGGGGGUGCCUGUUCUAAAGAAUGCUGAGGAUGGAGAGAAUUUUCAAGAAGGUGACACCCCACUCUGUUUUUAAGGUGUUAAAAAUAAUAAUUAAAAGUAUAGGUGGAAAUUAAUGUUUUCUUAUAGGGUUAGGGUUACAUGGAAAGCAUUAUACUGAGUCAGACCUUUGGUCUAUCUAAGCUCACUAAUGUCUACACUGAUUGGCAGUGUAGUGUGUUCCAGACAGAGGACAUUCCCAGCUCUACCAGGAGAUACCAUGGAUUGAUUCUGGGACCCUCUGCAUAUAAAUAUAUUCAACCACUGAAUUAGGGCAGUGUGCGAAACUCCCAUUGUUUUAGGCACAUUUUGCGACUGGGACUGUCAUCAGUGUGAGCAGUUUCUGAGCUCUGGGUGCAGUACUGCACCUAAGAUUUCAGAUGAAAACUGCAGAGUGGAAGAGAAGGAUGACCUUUUUCUGUCUCCCUUACUUCCAGCUACUCUCUGAAGACUGGAGAAGAGACCCUCUUAAGAAUAUUAGGGGGGGUGGGCAGGAGAAGGACUAGACCAUGCGAAAAAUGAGCAUAAUACUUUAUCUGCCGUUCAUUCAUUUUCAGCUUUGUAUUCUUGUUAUAAAAAAGAAUGCCUAGACAUUCUGUUGUUGCGCCUAUAACCUAGGUUUAAGGUGCCAUUUAGCUCCUAGCUUUCAUAUCUCUGUUUCUAACACUGAAUUAGGGUCAUUCCCCUUCUCCCAAGUUAUGACCAUGGGGGAUUGGGAGAUUCAGUUUGUAUACUUAGAGGUUUUCUUCUUAUAAUGUCUACAAAAUAUCUGUAGCUUCCCCCCCCCCCCAAUACUAUGUGUAAUCCAGGUUCAAUGCAAUAAAAAAUGUGUAUAUGUGUGUUACAUAAAUAUAUUUUACUUCCUCUAAUUUUUGCAUUUAUUUUUCUGAGCUGAAGAGAAGACCAAUAUGAUACAGUGCAGUCCUAUGAAUGCCAAUGCAGAAAUAAGUCAUACUGUGUUCAGUGGGUCUUAACCCCAACAAAUGUAAAUAGGAUUACAGCCGUAGCCGGGUUUCUGGGCUUUCCAACCUAUGCCUGCUCAGGGGGAACAGGUCCUACAUCUGACACUGGCUGGGGCUGCAUGUUAAGGUGUGGUCAGAUGAUCUUUGCUCAGGCCUUGGUUUGCAGGCACUUAGGCAGAGAUUGGAGGUGGGUGAAAGGGAAGAAGCAAAUGGAAAACUAUUACAAUGUUCUCAAUGCCUUCAUUGACAAAAAAGACAGCUACUACUCAAUCCACCAAAUAGCCCAGAUGGGAGUUGGAGAGGGAAAAUCCAUAGGCCAGUGGUAUGGACCAAACACAGUUGCACAAGUACUCAAAAAACUUGCCACUUUUGAUACAUGGAGCUCCUUGGCAGUGCACAUAGCCAUGGACAAUACUGUUGUGAUGGAGGAAAUUAGAAGGCUGUGCAAGCUCAGCUGUCCAUGUCCUGGGGCUGCAGCAUUUCCUGCUGCAGAAUCAGACUCGCUUUCCAAUGGUUAUCCAGAUGGAGCAGAAUGUAUGGACAGGCUAUUGUCCUGGAAACCUUUGGUGCUCCUGAUACCUCUCCGCCUUGGUCUCACAGACAUCAAUGAAGCCUACAUUGAAACACUGAAGCACUGUUUUAUGAUGCCUCAGUCCUUAGGAGUCAUUGGAGGAAAACCUAAUAGUGCUCAUUAUUUCAUUGGAUAUGUAGGUGAAGAAUUAAUCUAUCUUGACCCACACACUACUCAGCCUGCAGUGGAGCCCAUGGAGAGCGGCCACAUCCCUGAUGAGAGUUUCCACUGUCAGCAUCCACCCUGCAGAAUGAGCAUUGCGGAGCUUGAUCCUUCAAUUGCAGUGGGCUUCUUCUGCAGCAAUGAGGAAGACUUCAAUGACUGGUGCCAGCAAGUAAAGAAGUUGUCACUGAUCAGAGGAGCCCUACCAAUGUUUGAACUGGUUGAACACCAGCCGUCACACUUCUCUAGUCCUGAUGUUUUGAAUCUUACUCCAGAUUCUUCCGAUGCAGACAGACUGGAAAGAUUCUUUGAUUCAGAAGAUGAAGACUUUGAAAUCUUAUCUCUUUAAAGAACAAUAAGAAGCUAACUCUGCCAAUUUGUGUUGUGGGGGGAGGGGAGCUCCUUGGAGAGCCUAGGGCUACCAGCUUUCAUAGGUGCUUGUUGACAUCCCUGCCUCCCAUCCACCCCAGCAUUCUGUGCAGCCUUGGAGCUGAGUGGAUUUUUUUGCAGUGGGAUCAAGAAACGGGUCAUUAUUUAAGGCCUUAAUAGAAUUAGUCAGGCUUUCUCCGUGCAAGAGUACCUGCAGGAAAAGGAGGCAGUGUUUCCUAGGAGCUGAAGAUUAUUUUUAUGUUAGCAAGUCAAAAGGGUGAGCAAGAAUAGUAAAAGCCCUUCUGAGUGCUUGGUUCUUACAAGUUCUGUUAUUAAGGAAAACUUAAAAUCCCAUUUGCUUCUGUCUCACUUUUUGUAGUUUGAUGUGGAAACCAGCAUAAAAUACAGACACCUAUCCAAUAGCUGUCUCUUUAGCCCAGCAGAAUGUGUUCUGUGUAAAUUGGGGGUAAAAGCUCUCACGCGAUGAUUUGCAUCAACUGUUGCUACUCAUGCUUUAAUUUAUCUUGGAUACAGUGCUUCCACAGAGAUGUAUUACUGCUUUUAAGUUCCAAAAGGGCCCUUCAUUUUAAAUUCACAUACCUCUGCCCAAUGGUGUCAUUCUAGAAAUCACAGAAUCUCAUCAUGCAUAGCAAAUGAUACAGUAAGACGUAUGGGUCAAAAAUUAAAAAUAUAACUUUUCAGUCUAGAGAGUAGGGAGGGCUUGGACAAGUGCUCUCUUUCGGCUUGGAGGCCAUUUACAGUACAUCCAAAAGGAAGAACUGACGAGUUAACCAGGAUAUGGCUUCAUUAAAUAUAACCUGUAUUUGUUGGGUAUUUUUCUAUUCCAUAUUAAAAAUAUGGUGGCUGCUAUUUAAUAAAAUGUGGUGGUAGAAACAUCCACCAGCUCACUUGAAUUGAAAGUACCUCUGCUUCCUUCUCUUGAUUCCAUCUCUUUUUUUUUAGAUUCUGAUCAUGAAAUUUGGAGAUUGUUACAUGGAUUUAAAAUGCUUUGCUUUAAUGCCAAAAUUGUGAUAUUAAAAGCCUGGUGUGGUUAUUGCCAGAGGCUUGCCCCCCCCCUUUUCUUUCCCUGGUUUAUACACUACACAAGGUUAAGUUUCUCUUGCGUGGUGAUGUUCACUUGCUUUUCAGUUUUAUGUUGUGACUUGUAAGGUAUACUAGUUUCUAAAGAAAAGCUCAGCAAAUUCUGGAUGCCUUGAAAUGUUAAUUUAUCAGCUCUCAGCUAGGCUGGAAAUGGUGGCUGUUGUGCUCUUAAAAUAGCAUUAGAGCUACCUUUGUUUAGAAGAGAUGAGAAUGGCUGGAGAGGACCCGGCACUCCCCCCCCC